AUGGCAAACUCAACACUAAGAAGAACAACUUUUUUCAAGUUAACGACAACUGAAGACGAAGAUACAAUUCCAAAAUUGUUACAACCAAACAAUAAUUCAGUAGCAUUUCCAAACUUGAAAAGAACUGGAAAAGCAUUUACAAACGACACUAUCAAAGAAAAUACAAAAAAAUACACAAGACCGAGGAAUCAAUUCGUACUGAUGAGAACAUUAUUUAACAGACGUGUGAAUAAUCACAUCUUACAAUACUACAACAAGUCAAAAUUGGAAAAGAAAAUGUUUACCCUGACAUCAAAGAUAACAUCAGAACUUUGGAACGAAUCCUCACCGGACCUUAAGAGCUAUUUCUCGCUACUUGCUACCUUAGAAGAAAACUGGCACAAGUACACCCACUACUGUUCAUGGGAUAGAAACUCAGCUCAAACACUAAGUAUGGAACCAAUCGAGCUCUCACAAGUGAGACCCCGACUAAUAUCAAGUUUGACUGUAGGUGCAGGUUCAUCUGUCAGUACAUAUACUCUAAGAGAACUUUUACUAGUACGAAAGAUCAAAUCCAGGAAAAGGAAAACUACAACAUUGACACAAGAUUCAUCACCUACAACCAAAUUCAAAUACAAAUUCAAGAAACAACCAAAGACAAAAAUGAACUCAAAUCUCAGCAAACUGAGAUUUAAGUCCAAACAACCUCCGACACCACCAGAAGAAAAUAGCAAUGUAUUCAAGAAAAGAUACACAAGCGAAAACCGAAUCAUCGAAGACUUGUUCCUAAUGUGA